AUGUGGCCCAAUGAGUUUAACACCAAAAUCGAAAACUGUUUCUCACCCAAAAUCGAAAACGUUCUUCACCCCAAAAUCAAAAAUGUUCUUCACGCUGAAAUCGAAAAUCGCUCUUCACCCCGAAAUCGAGAAUCGUUCUUCACACUUAAAUCGAGAAUCGUUCUUCACCCUCAAAUUGAAAAUGUUCAAUCGUUUACACAAAUCGUUGACGAAAAUGGUUCUAUCACUGUGAGAUUCCUUUUUCAUCUUUCAUUCACUGUGUGGUUGUUCAUCGACACCGCGAUAUCCGUCGCUUCUCUGGACAACGCCGGCGAGUUGAAGCAACGGAGAGACGGAAUCGUCGAGCGUCUUUACGCCGCCACCACUGCUCCUCCGCUUUGUCAGAAUUGUGAAGGUGGAAGCCUUUUGACUGAGGGAAACCAAAUCAGGAAACAGAGUAACCCUAGUUUAAGCCCUGAGCAAAAUCAGCACCGUCGCGGCGGCUCGUCUCCUCCGACGCCGCAGUCGCAAGGAAACGAUGAUGAGGAAGAUGAGGAGAUAGAUGCUUACGGUGGUUUGUUCGAUGAUGAACAGAGGAGGAUUCUAGAAAUUAAAGAGUUGCUUGAAGAUCCGAGACAGACUGAAGAUACUUUGUUGGAGUCACUGCAAAAUCUGGUGGAUAUUGAUAUUACAUUCCAAGAGUUGAAGGAGACUGACAUUGGGAGGAACGUGAAUCAGUUAAGGAAACAUCCAUCCAGCGAUGUUCGCAGUUUGGUGAAGCUACUUGUCAAGAAGUGGAAAGAAAUUGUUUCAGAUUCCUUUUUCAACCAUGUUUUAGGCAUGAUCAUUUUCAGUUGUUAGUAACAAAAAUUAGUGGAGAAUUGAAAA